UUUCCAUCUGCUCCAUUCAGUCUCUCCACGAUGGGAAGGCCAUCCUCUACGAUUGAAAUCCCUAAUGACCGCCACCGCCGCCGCACCCCCGACUCCGACAUCUCCGACGACUAUCGCCCCCGCCGCCGCAGUCCUAACUACGACUCCUAUGACCGCCGCCACCGUCGCCGCUCUCAAUCUCCCAGACCCCGAAGCCCUAGGCACACCAACGGAAACACAAACGACAACGCCCUGCCGAAAAAAUUCGGCCGCCGUAACGGCUCGUAUCUGGACCGCGACGGCAAGGACUGGCAGCGCUCGGAAUCGGAGUCUGACGAGGAGUUGAAAGGCCUGAGUUUCGAGGAAUAUCGGAGGCUCAAGAGGCAGAAGAUGAGGAAGGCGCUGAAGCACUGUAUCUGGAACGUUACGCCGAGUCCUCCAAGGAACGAGAACGAGGAUGCGGAAGAUGAUUUCAAAGCCGAAGAGGUUCCUGAGAAAUUCGGAGAUGGCGGUGAUUUGAAGAUCGAGAAGGAGGUUAAACCAAGGGCAAAAUCUGAAUCUGCAUCUGAGAAAUCGUCAGGUAGCGAAUCGGAAAGUGAAUCGGAAUCAGAUGAUUCGCGUUCGAGGAAGAAGAAGAGAAGAAAGAGUUCUGCUGGUUCUUCAAGGAAAUUGGAUAGUGAUAGUGAAUCUGAAGAGGAAGAAGAAGAAGAUCGUAAGGGGAGAAAGCACAGUAAAAGGAAAGGGAGAAGGAGUAGCAGGAAGGGGAAGAGGAGUAAGAGAAGGUAUAGCGAUUCAGAUGAGAGUGAAAGUGAUGAUGAUUCUGAUGAUAGUGGAAGAAAGAGGAAGCGUUCUUCUUCUUCAAGGUCGAAAUCGAAGCAUAGCAGAAGGAGGAGGACAAAGAGAAGGUCCAAAACUGAAAGUGAGAGUGAGUCUAGUGAUUCAGAAGAGAGGGAAAGUGAUGGCUCCGGUGAUAGUGGAAGAAAGAAGAAGCGUUCUUCUUCUUCGAGGUCUCGGUCGAAACGGAGCAGUAGAAAGAGUAGAGCGAAGGCGAAGCCUGAAUCGGAAAGUGAGGGUUUGGAGGAGAAUGAUUCGGGUGAUGCAAAGGGUAAAGCAGUGGUUGAUGAGGUGCAGGUGACGGAUAUUAUUAACGCUGAGGGCAAGUUGAAGGAAUCGUUCGAUUCACAGGAGAUACCGGAUUUGGAUAACGAACCCGUGGUUGGGCCAAUGCCCCUGCCUAAACCUGAAGGGCAUAUUAGCUAUGGUGGUGCACUUAGGCCCGGUGAGGGUGAUGCCAUUGCGCAGUAUGUUCAACAAGGGAAACGUAUUCCUCGUAGAGGAGAAGUGGGUCUUUCUGCGGACGAGAUUCAGAAAUUUGAGAGCCUUGGUUAUGUGAUGAGUGGUAGCAGGCAUCAGAGGAUGAAUGCCAUUCGUAUUAGGAAAGAAAACCAGGUUUACAGUGCUGAGGAUAAGCGUGCUCUUGCCAUGUUUAACUAUGAAGAGAAGGCCAAGAGGGAGCAUAAGGUUAUGGCUGAUCUGCAGCGCCUCGUGCAGCGCCACAUUGGCCAGGAUGUUGGUCCGAAUCAUGACCCUUUUGCUCCAAAAGCCUCAGAUGCUGCUGAUGCCUGAUUGUCAUAUCAAGAAGUGGUGAUAACAAAGGAGAAGAGAGCGAAGAUUCAUGGGAUGAAUGAAGUUGUAAUAUUACAGUUUGUGUGCUCUAGCAGAUGCAACUAAAUUCUACUGGGAAGUUAUUUGAAAGGCUUAAUCUCAUCUAUCUUUAUUGAUUGUGUUCGAAACUCGGAACCUAACAUGUGGGGUUGAAAGGCUUCCAUUGUUCCAUCGUAGAAUUAACAGGUUAAUCUAAUGACUGGGUUUAAAGUUACGUCCUACUCUACGACGUUUGUUUUUAUUCAAUUAUUCAUUUUGGCUAUUGUUAUUAGAUAGGAGUAGUGAAAGUCCUCGAACGAUAGCUCAAGUGAUAAGAGAGGUCCAGAGAUUAACCUUGGAGAGCUGUAGUGUAUCUUUCCAAUGUAAAAAAAAAGGUAGCAGUAGUGAAAAAGUCAAGAAUUGGAUAAAGGGCUAAGAAUGAUCAAAUUCCAUUCUUGACAAGUUCAGACAAGUAAAUUGUGAAAGGAAAGUUCAAUGACUACUGCACUCAGUUCAAGGUGUGCAAAUUGCAAUGAGUUUUGACUAUA